UUAGAAUAUUCCAUCUGCCCCAUUUGACCUUCUAGGUUUGACUUGAUGUUUUUUCAAAAGGAAUCAAAGAACAUGAACUGCACACUCUUUCCUUGAAAGGAAGCAUGGGGACUAUUUUGGAACUGAAGAAAGAAAGUGGAAAGCCAGAUCUCAGGCAACACUGGCCGUUCUAAAAGGACUGGGGGCUGAUAUUUUUUGCUUACAGGAACUGGAUGAGUAUGAUAGCUUCUAUAAGAAAAAUAUUGAAAGUUUUGGUUAUUCAAGUAUAUACAUUCAAAGAGGUGGGCAGAAGCGCGAUGGAUGUGGAAUAUUUUAUAAGCCCGGAAGUGCAGAGUUGAUUAUUGAAGAAAAAAUAUAUUACAAUGAUCUCAUUUGUUCAACAAUUCAAGAUGAAACUGCAAGCCCGAAGACCAAUGAUGAUCUACCCGCCAGUGGAUAUAAUAGUGUUGAUUCAACAAAUGAUUCAGAGUUGAAAAGCACUCAAUCAGAUCGUGGAGAUCCUAACGAUCCUCGUGUCAGACUAAAACGUGAUUGUGUUGGUAUUAUGGCCGCCUUCAAGCUCAAGGAUCCUUCUGGUCAUCACAUCAUUGUUGCAAACACCCACAUUUACUGGGAUCCGGAAUGGGUGGAUGUGAAGCUUGCACAAGCUGGAUAUUUGCUAUCUCGCUUGUUCCAAUUCAAGACCAGAGUGUCAGAGCAAUUUGGCUGCUCACCUUCUAUUAUAGUUGCGGGAGACUUCAAUUCUAUCCCUGGGGAUCAAGUAUACACCUUUUUGAUGGGAUCUCAGCAAGAAACCCCAGAUGAGACGAGGGUUCCACUAUGUAGUGUAUAUGCAUACACCAGAGGCGAACCACAUUUCACGAACUGCACCCCAGGUUUUACAGGAACCCUUGACUAUAUAUUAUUUUCGCCUUCCGGGGUUUUAAAACCAGUGAGCUACCUUGAGCUCCCGGAGCCAGAAUCAUCUGAUGUACAAGGUGGAUUGCCCAAUUACUACCAUCCAAGUGAUCAUCUCCCCAUUGGUGCUGAAUUCCAAGUCCAUCAAUAGCACAUCUAUUUGGCAUUUCCCCACGGUUAGCUUCGACAUACUAAUACUCCCUCCGUCCCUAUUUAAUCCUCCGGGUUGCUUUUUACACGGAGUUUUCAAAAGGUGAAAAUGUAUGGUUGAAACUUGAAAGUUGUUUAGAGAAGAGGGAAUUGGUGUGAACCUAACAAUUAUUUGUUUAAAAGGAGAUGUAAAGAUUAAUUAGGGACAACAAAAAAAGUGAGAAGAUAAAGAAGGAACAGAUGGAGUAGGUAACUAGGUCCCUUAAUUCUUGUGUGUAUUGGUUUUUUUAUGGUCCUUGCAUUGUUAUAAAGAAUCAUUGUCCAU